CAGACCGUCGUAGUAGUUUCUCUCAACGAAACCAUUUCACCGUACCCACCACCUUCGCUCUCCCAGCUUCAGUCCACGUUGAACCGUCGUUCGCGUAACGUCCACUGUCCGACUGAUUUGGUUUUUCCCUUUCUAUUUCUAAGCCGGUAGUUGUAAUAAUAUUCAUCGAUAUAAUUGAACUUCAAAGUUUUAACAAGUGUAUCAAUCGUUGAUUUAAAAUCCUAUUAUGAGUAUGAUUUCUUUGAGAACGUUAUAAACACUAGUGUGAGAUAUCUCAUUGAGAAAAGAUUAAUUAUUAUAAAAAAAAAAAAAUUGAAGAUGAUCUCAACGAGGAAAUCUAUCGUGAUAUUGUUAACAAUUAUCACCCUAAUCCUACCUAUUGAUGUGACCGAGGGUAGACCACGCAUAAGGCAUCAUAAAGGAGGUUCGCAUUGCACCAGAUGCGGUCCAGGUUGGGGUGCAACCAGUAGAUGUGUUCGUGGUCGUGACACCGAAUGUACCAAAUGUUUAUCUGGCACUUAUAGUCCUCAUCACAGUACCCAACCCUGCUGGAUAUGUUCGAGGUGUGGUCCAGGAUUGUACGAAGCACAUCCGUGUACCGCAAAAACCGACACGGUUUGCGAUUCAUGUCAUCGUGCUGCUCCGGAUAAUCCGGAUUAUCAUAGGAAAUGUAAAAAUCGUGGCAACUUUUUCUUGGCACCCGAAGAUGCCGAAAAUACCGACGAGGAAACUGUAUUGAUCAAUCAACCUGAACAAAUAUUUCAUUUGACAGACAGACAAAAAAUUAUUGAAAAAGAUAUCGAAGCUGCUGGAUAUCAUGAUUUGCUAUUGGAUGAAGAAUCAACUGAUCGUAACGAUUACGAAAAUUACGAUUCCAAAUCUCGAACGAUGCAAAGGCUUUGAAAUUCAUUUGGGUGAAUUAGGUUAGGUUGAAUCAAAAGUUCGUGCGUUUUUCAUUUUCAAUUAAUAUUUCCAAAAUAAAAUUUACAAAAAUAAUCUACCCCAUUAUGCACUUGUUUUUCAUUAACAUUUUCAAAAUAAAUUUUACAAAAAUAAACGACCUCAUUAUGCAGUUUGUUAUACAAUAAAACGCACGAAAUUUUGUUUCACCCUAAUAAAAGGGGGAAAAAAACAUAAAAAAAAAAAAAACAAUCCUUGUUUACUAGUCAAAACUCAAUAUGCCAACAUAUAUAUGUGUACAUAUGCAUGUGACGAUCAUAAGUCCAAAGUUCUUCC